GAUCAUUUAGUGGAAUCAUAGGUAUGAUUCAAUGGAUGGUUUUUUCUCUAAGAACAAGUUGUUCAAAUUAAUUGAAAGUUUACAUCUUUCUGUAUUUGAUUUAAUCUCUAUAUCUAGGUGAGUUGUCAUGAUUAAUAACCUUUAUCAAUAUGCUCUGUCAGAUCGAGCUCUUAGGAUAAUAGGAUUGACAUUUCAACUCUUGCAACAAUGAGAGGCUGGCUUAAAAAAGGAUGACACCCCUCUUUGAAGGCUCUCCAACACAAGUCGAACAAUUAGCUGAGUAGAUGCAAAUUAGACUUUAAUCAUAAACUGACAGAUAGUAAGUAAGACUCCAAUUUAAAUACUUGCAAACAUCAUAUACUCCGUGCAUUUUUUUUAUAGCAACCUCACAUCACAAUUCCUCUAUUUGGCAAGUACCUCACCAUAAACUAGCUUAAACAAACGAACGGGACUGAGUGCAUUUGCUCUUAAGUACGUGCACGGAAGAGAUUAAAUUGAAGAAAACACUUCGGUGCACGAAUCUUACGUACUUUCACAAUUUUUUUUAGUUAAAACUUAAAAGGCAGCAUCUGGGAAUGUGCAAAAAACGGCUAUUUAAUGAAAUCAUUAUCAAAAUGAUUAAACAUUAAAUGAUCCAGUUCUGUAUUUAUUAUACUACUAAUAAGAAUGUUAAUUAAUAAUAAAAGCACUGUAACUUGAUUUCUUUCAGCUGGGAUCAUGCCACCUACUCCGUCUCUUUCUCUCUGAUUUGAUCAGCUGAGGUUUCUUCACCGCCUCUCUCUCUCCUCAAGCUCUGAGAAAUAAUAAGUAGAUCUUGUUGUUCUUCACGCCCCCUUUUCACGCUCAUAAUGGGAUUUGAGUUUCUUGUUUCUUCAAAUUUUGUAUUGUUUUCAUUUCUUCUGGAAGCUGAUAAUUUAUGUACAUAGAACGCGCAUUUCGCCCCCCGCUUCCUGUGCGUGUUCUUUCGUGGUUCUGAGCUCCAGCACCGCGAUCUUCAUGAUUGAUGUGGAGUCACUGUGUGAUGCGUAUAUACACAUAUAGAUUUUUGUGACUUAUAGGGUUUGGAAUGUUUGCUUAGGGGGUGUCAUUUUCUUCAUUUCUGUUUUUGACAUUUUGGGUAGCUUUUCAUGUCGGAGGGGAUUUAGCCUGUCGGGGACUCGUCGGUUUAUUUUGAUUGGAUUUUUCUGAGCUUUUGAAGGACUGAUCUCAGUGGCUGCUCCCUGUCUUGCUCCAAACAGCUUUCUUCACUCAGCUAGGUACCAGGAUGAGCAUGACCAGUGAAAGUGAGGAAAUGAUGACUUCAAAAGGCAGCAUAAGUUCUGCAUCUAUUGAAGAAGCAAGUGCUGGAGGGGGAACUGUUCCGCUGAAGAAAGGUCCAUGGACAUCCACAGAAGAUGCGAUUUUGGUUGAUUACGUAACAAGAAACGGCGAAGGAAACUGGAAUGCUGUGCAAAAGAAUUCAGGACUUGCUCGAUGUGGUAAGAGCUGUCGUUUGCGGUGGGCGAAUCACUUGAGACCCGAUUUAAAGAAAGGCGCUUUUACUCCUGAGGAAGAGCGGCGUAUUAUUGAACUCCAUGCUAAAAUGGGAAACAAAUGGGCACGAAUGGCUGCUGAGGUAUGGACACUCUCUCUCUUUUAAUCAAUUGACAUGUCUGUGUAUAUUUGUAGUCAAGUCCAGGUUUUAGUAAAAAUCUAUUUGAAACCUCAGCAGUUCCUCUAAUAUAAAAUAAUCUGUAGGUUUUACAAUUUAGGAAGAAUGAUUAAUGAAUAAUAAGUCAAUAAAGUAGCACGAGGAAUGAUUAUUAUAUACUAUGUAUUAUUUAUUGGAUAAAAUUAUAGAGAUUUGCCCUACUCUCCUUUAAUUAAGUAUAUGUUGUUGGCAUACAUUUUAACCCAAUUUUAAAAAAAAACAUCCUCUCACUGUACGUUAGUAAAGAAUGCCACAUAAACAAAAUUGAGAUAUCAGUACUUGCUGUUGCUUGUAUAUUUGAAUUUCUAUAUUAAAUUAUAAGGAUGGUGAUUUUGCUAAGUUUUAGAACCACUAUUCAUUGUUGAAUUUGUUGUAAUGCUUGUGCAUAUGGUUGAAUGAGUCAAACAGCUUAAUUGCUUCCUCAGUGAUCGACCCAUCCCCCCUCUUAUGAAGCUAUGCUAUUAAAACUUCUUGCUCUGAACUCAUUUCCAAAUGACCAAAUAUUAACCUCUUCAUUACGAAAUAUGAUAUAAAUAAUCAGUGAUACAUUCAGCAUUUAUGUUCGUUUUUGGCUAUUUCUUCUCUUUACUCAAUAUUCCUCUAUUAGUAUGGCUUUGAUGAAAAUAAGUGAAAUAGUGUGGACGUGUAUCCCCACCAUUAUAUUUAUUUUUUCCAAAGCUAUAAGAAUGGAAAGAAAUAGAGCGAGGGAGAGAAAAGGAGAAUGUUCUCAUUUGCUAAGUUCAAAAUCAUUAUAGUUUUCGGAUAAAACAUAGGCUAGAAUUGAGGACUAGAUACUCGCAAUUUUUUCUCACAUUUGACCUGCUUUGUUUACUCAUAUGUCGAACUAAUUUUUCUUUUCUUGUUUUUAAAAUGUUUCUUAUAAUUUUAUACGUAGUAUUUAUUUAAUAUAACUUUACAUGUUUGUGUGUGUGUGCACUUGCUACAACAUUGAUUUGGUAAAUCUGUACACCCACAUACACAAUCAUUUAGGCAAUCCAGAAUGAUCAUAAUCAAAAUUUGUGUGAAAUCUUUAUUGUUUAGGUAAAAAGUAGUGUCAUCCAUGGAGUGGUAGCAUUGAAAACUUAUCCACUUCAUCUCUAUUAUUUCGUUAGAUGCAAUUUUCUUUCUGGUGUGCCCCAAAAUUAUGUGAACUUUCCUCAUUUGAACUCUAACAUCUUUCUCAAUAUAUCUUUUCAUCUAUCAUGUCACUUUUUUUACAUUUUAUGGGACUUCUAUUAUCAUCUCUUUGAAAGGUAAACGGGUGUGCUUGUGCGCACACACAUAGAUACAUACAUACAUGUGUGUAGACACACAGAAAACAUAUUGUCAUUAUAAAAUAUUUUCUGUCCAAAAAAACAUGGUUGGUCACGGUAUAACUGUUUUAUUUCAACAAGGUUAAUGUGUACGUUAUGUAAACUUUAUUUUUAAUUUAAUUCAUUCAUCAUUUUCAUUUACCCCAGUGCCGCAAAGGCUCCCACCUAUGGUGGGGUAAGGGGGGGUCGGAUGUACGCAGUCUUACCCCUGUACAAAAGUACAGAGAGACUGUUUCCGGAUGACCCAUAGUGAAAAUCGCGUCCAAAAUUGCAUGGACUGACUGCUGCUUCAUAACAAAGAAGCGCAGACAGUUUAGUGAGUCAUUUUGCUUUAUUCCAUCAUAUUCGCAAGCCAAAAAAUAAUGAAUCUUUGGCUCCAUUGCAUAUGAUGGAAAGUUAUUUUUAAUUUAAUUAGAUUAAUUUAUUUUCCUGGUUUGUAUCAUUUUCUAAAGUUUCAUGAAAAAAUAGCUUUUUAUGAAAUAAGACAUUUUUUGGGCAAAAUUAGCUGUUGAAACGUGACUUUUUGGCGAAGUGCUAUACAAUUCAAGUUGUGAAGUGUUUGAGUCCUGCCUCAGUUGCAUGAGCCAAACUGCCAAACACAAAAUGGGAUUUGAGCUGGUAUUUUCUAAGAGAAUCUUUUCUACCAAAGGGUCUACUAUCACUCACUUAGCUUUUUAAUUUUCUCCUUAAGCUUCCCGGUCGUACUGAUAAUGAGAUAAAGAACUACUGGAACACAAGAAUCAAGAGAAGACAGCGUGCUGGCCUGCCCAUUUAUCCUUCAGAUCUCUGUUUGAAAACCAUAAGUGCAGGAAUGCAGGGCACAUUUUCAGGUGGAAUUACAAAUGAAGACAUAUUACAUAUGAACACUUCUGACAUUCCAGCUGUGGAAUUCAAAAACCUGGGACUAAAUCAUCAGCAUUCAUACCCACCACCUGUAAUCCUUGAUAACAACCUGCUGGGACAAGGUCUCAAGUCCUCGUGCAUUGACAGGCAUUUCAUCUCAUCUGCGGUUCAUCCUUUCAAACGUUUCAGAGGAGGAACAGAGACCGCUUCAUUGUUCCCAGGUGCAAACAGUGAUCUUCUACCAGCAUGCGGUCCCUACCAGCAGAGUAGCAUUUCCCCAUAUUAUUUUGAUCAUGGAUCUUCUUUUGGGGUGCUUUCUUCUUCUUCUGGUCACCACCAUCCAUUGUUGUUGGGUGGUGUUAUUCCAGGCAGCCAUGCCUCAUUAAAUGGCAACUCCUGUUCUUCUUCGCCUGAGCCCUCCUCAUGGGAUAAGAAGCUGGAGCUCCCUUCACUCCAAAGUCACAUGGGUAGCUGGUACUCAUCACCAGACACCAUUGUUGACACCUUGAUUCAAUCACCCCCUUCAAUUGAAACAAGGAGUCCUUCCCCACGAAACAGUGGCCUGUUGGAUGCUGUGCUUUAUGAGUCACACACAAAGAAUUACAACAAUCAUACUACUCCUACUUCAUACCAACAGAUUUCUGAUGUUUCCCCUGGUAGUGCCAUAUUUGAUACUAAUAAGUUACGCUCCAAUCUUAAUGAGACGACAGGAUGGGAAGCAUAUGGAGAUCCAAUCUCCCCUUUAGGCCACUCAUCUGCUUCUGUGUUUAGUGAAUACACCCCCCCUGUCGAUGCAGACAAGCCACACUCAGCUGGGACUGCAAUAGGUGAGUAUGUGUGUCUAUGGGACGACUUAUAUUCAAAGAAUAUGUGCUUUUUGAAAGAAGAUAAGAACUUUUACUCUUUUUUAAGUGCUUUAGUGAUAAAAGAAACACAUUUUUUGUGCUUAUUUAAGAAAUACAGGGCUGGUAAUUUUCUUCUUCUUCAAAAAGCAGAAGCACUUUAAGUGCUGAAAUGAGAAAGGAUCUCUUAUAAUAGCAUAGAAGCACGUUUAGUGCUUAGAUGAGAAAGCACCUCUUAUAAAAGAAUUUAUAGCAUAAGCCAUCCCAACAGUCUCGAUCAAUUUUCUAAUUAAUUAAUAGGCUAGUCUCUUUUGUCAUUGUUUCUCUUGUAGAUGCGAACUGUGCUGUGAAUCUUCUGAUGAUUCUACUCCACUAUGGCUUUGUAGGAUUGAAAGUUAAGGAGGAGGUGGAGGAGGAGAUGGAGUGGUCUCCCCCGAUUCAGUAUGAUGAAUCAAACCAGUAUAUGUUUUCCAGGACAGACUUGCUUGCUUCAAACGCUUUUCGCCAUCAAACAAACCACCACAAUAAGAAUCAUUCUGUACUGAAAGAGGUAUUUGGGGCAGUUCUGUUUGAUGAUCUUAGCAGGGAAUGCAAGAACUUAAGAUCCAUGGCCACUCCGUCAGGAGCUUGUCCUUGCCCAUGGGAUGCCAUGUCCACCGUGUAAUCCUUUCCCCUUCAUUUCUGGAGGAAAAAAUUAUCAAUUCAGAUUCCCAGCUUUUCCUUCUGAAUGACUGGCCACCUUACAGAAAAAAUAGAACAUUUUUAUCAGCUGAUACAUUGUGUGACCUGCUUCUUUUUCUUUUUAGUUGUAUUGGUUCUUUGCAGACAUCAAAAACUGAAAAGCUGUAUGGUGUCAAACCUGCAACUGAUUGUUUUUCGAUUCUUAGUCAUUUCCAUAAAACUUUACUUUUGAAAACUAAGAUUGUUGUGCCUAUCAUUUUGGUGAUGAACUCAGCUUUGCUUUGUAGAGCAAUCCAAAUGGGAUUUUAUUUUUAUCUGAUGUUGUUAGUAGCAAAUUAAAGCACUCGUUCUCUUUC